UCGCUUUCAUAAUGAUAACAGGGAUCGCUUCUCUAGUUUACGCAGGUUUCCUGUCCAUCAUGAUAAUUUUUAACAUAGCAGGGAACUCUUUUUGCUUGGUAAUUUUGAAAAGGAAAGUAAUGAAAACCUCGAUCAACUGGCUUCUUUUCCAUCUGGCGGUUGCUGAUUUACUGGUCGCGGUAUUAUUCAUUCAUCCAUGCAUCCUGAGCCACUUCAUUGAACUACCGGGCGGAGUUAUUGGAAAUGUACUGUGCAAGUUUUUUUCCAGUGGGUCCCUGGGUUGGAUAGCGGCUACCACUUCGAGCUUUCUGUUGGUUGUCAUAGCAACGGAACGGUAUAGUGCCACCUUACACCCGUUGAAAAAGAAGCGAAGUGGUCGAUCAUCGUGGUGGGUGCCAGUUGCAUGGGUUUCUGCAAUUCUGUUGCUAAUGCCCUCCAUUGUUGUAACAAGCUACGAUUCACAAAAUCAGCAGUGCAAGCAACACUUUCCAGACAACACAACAGCUCGUGCAUACAAAAUUACUUGGUCAACCAGCAACUCCCUCCUCCCGAUGUGUAUCUUGGGAUAUCUUUACGCACGAAUUAUUUGGUGUCUACGCAACCGCACCCUCGUUCCAUGCUCCUCUCAGAAAGCCACCACAGAGUCACGAAAGGUAACUAAGAUGCUUAUUUCAGUGUCGGCCAUCUUUAUCAUGUGCUGGACGCCUCCUGCAGUGCUUUGCCUGCUUAGCCCCUUGAUUCGUGGCGGUUAUACCACAGUAUACUAUGUGUCCCAAGCAAGUGCACUUCUGAAUUCUUGUCUCAAUCCGCUUGUGUACACCCUACAUAGUCAGCAGUUCAGGAAGAACCUCGUCUCGUUUAUGCCAUGCUGCAAAAGCAAGCUACUUGAUUCUCGCUUAACAGGCAAAGCCACAAAUUCUCCUGAUAUAAGAUUAUUAACUUAUUAGACAGCUAGCUGGUUUGAACCCAGUUCCAACCGAAUCUACACUAACAAUUUCUCCUUAGUAGGUGGAGUUGUUAAGAAGAACGUGUUUGCUAUAUCUUAAAACUUGUUGAAGUAGAGUAACAGCUACAACAACAGCAAUACUUUAUAAAAUCAUGCUACACCGAGGAGCAAAAGGGUCGUUCAAGAGCGUAGCCAGGAUUUUUCAAAGGGGGAGAGGGGGGUCACACUGUGUCAAACAGAGGUUACUCAUUCGAUUUCGUCACCUGAAUAUUGUUGGUUGUUGCUUAGAAAGGCUCACAAAGGGGGGGGGGGGGGGUUUAAGGGCACCACAGGAUCCCCCCAGCUACGCCCUUGAAGUUAGAACCUAUAGCUGCACUUAAAAAAAAUCAAGGACAAUGAGUGUAAUAGAGCAUGAAGACUAGAGUAGAUGGAGUAUGAAUAGCUAAAAUGUUAAUCAUUAUAUACUAACGUGUAAGGAUAGUGAAUCUGAAUGCCCUCGCAUCAAUAUUAGUUUACCAGAUCAAAGAAUCCACUAAAAGUUGUCUCAUUUCUGGAGUUCAUUGUUAUUAAGUCACAUAAUUUUUCUGAAAAAAAAUUCCUUUAACGCUAAGAGAAACACAAAAUAAUAGUUUAGUAUAAUAGUUUGGUAAGACGUUCAAACAUAACAUAAAAAGGUGAAUGAGAUACAAGGGAAUGAGUUCUCUUCAAUAAAGUCAGUAUUUGAUAGUGUUAUCAAGUAUACUUUCAGUUCAACUAAAAAAUGAGAUUUCCUCCGAUACGCAGUAUGUUGGGAAGUUUUAAAAAGGAUAUCCUUAAGGAUCUGGGUCAAUCUUCCUGUAAUACUGCAGUUUUUAUUUAUAUAGCGUUUAUUCAUACUUCUCGUCAAGAAAACUAUGUAAAAAAUAAGAAUGUU